UUGGCUCACCGACAAUUUUUUUCUUAGUACACCAUUUAAACACAGCUUUUUUGAGUCCUGUCAGAUAAAGUUGUAUUUGCUCCUGAGGUUACAGAGUCCCAACCAUGAGUCUGUCUAAUGUGUUCAUUUUGAUGAUCGUCAUUCCUCAAAUUCUUGUUCAGUCGGUGAGAGGAAAGGACUGUGUGUGCGAUCUAAAAAACACUGAUCCAGCUUUCCCUAAAAGCAAAUUUAAGAGAGUAGAGACCAUCGCCUUACAAUGCACUGCGACCAUCACUUCAGAAAAGAUGUUAGAGAAUGACAGACGACUUCUGGGUCUACAACAGCGUAUCAAGCAGCUAGAGGACUAUGUGGGCAUACUGGAAAAAGAGGAUGACAAAAAUUUGUACGGGGCCGUGUCUCUCCGGAUCAUUGAGCUGGAGUAUGCCGAGAUUCGAAAUCUCCUGGACAAAUUUAACAAAACCACCUUCAACUCUCAGCAUCUCAAUGUACAGACUGUAGCAGACCUUCAGGACAUGAAGGACACGAUGGAAGAGCUAGAAAGGUUUGACAGCAUGCAGGUGAUGAAGAAAGAACGUCAGAACCGCAGUAUCAAGAAGGACCUUGAGAAGUGCAGAGAAGACAAAGCUCCACCACCAGCCCCAACACUUCCCCCGGUUAAGGGUCGAUGUGGUCUGGGUCAGAUUGUCAGUGUGAAGGGACCUAAAACGUAUUCCCUUACGGUAUAUUCAACCUCCUACACCUAUGGCGCUUGGGGCAAGGAUGCGAACCCUGCUCCAGGAGAUGAGAAUAAAUACUGGCUGAUGGUGCUGUAUAAUAGUGAUGUGUAUGGCAACUUUAUCCGCCAGUACAAUAGCUUGAGCACUAUGUUAUUAGGCAUUGGACAUACCGAUGUAUAUAUUGCAAGCUCUAAUCCCACAACUAACACAGUUCAGGGGCCAAACAUGGUGAUGUAUGGAAAUGCGCUCUACUAUAACUGUUAUUACUCAUAUUCCGUCUGUCGGUUUAAUAUGACGGCUCGCACGGUUAGUAACGUGGCACUGCCAAAAGAUACAGGUUAUAACAGCAAGUUUCCGUUCGGAUAUCUCGCAGCAGCAUACAGCUAUACAGAUUUGGAUUUUGUCACAGAUGAAUUUGGCGUGUACGUUAUAUAUGCAACGACAAGCAAUUUCGGGAAUGUAGUCAUCAGUAAAGUUGAGACCAGCACUCCGCCCGUUCUGGGCCAAACUUGGUCAACUUCACUGUUCAAAAAAACUGUCACAAAUACUUUCAUGGUGUGCGGUGUGCUGUACGCCACCAGGUUUAUAGACAAUGACAAAGAGGAGAUCUUUUAUUCAUUUGACACCAAAACCAACACAGAGCGCUACGAUUUGAAAAUUAAUAUCAAAAAGAUGCAAGCCAAUAUUAAGUAUCUCAACUACGACCCCAGAGAUCAUUUGCUGUACAUGUACAGUGAUGCCUACAUUCUAACAUAUGAGAUCGUGUUUAACUAAUUUAAACUGGAUUAUGGCUACAUCCCACUUAUACAACCUUAUACGCUUUGGAAAGAGCAGAUGUUUUUUUUGUGCUUUUAAGCUACUAAUACUCUGGAAAAUGUAAAGGAAUUAUUUACCCAAAAAUGAAAAUUGUCAUCAUUUACUCACUCUCAUGCCACCCCAAAAGGAUUUAACUUCCUGUCAGGGAUGGCAUGAGGGUAAAUAAAUUGAGAGACCAUUUUCAUUUUGGGGCACCACUGACUUCCAUAUUUUUUUUCUUACUGUGGAAGUCAAUAGCACACCGAGCCCAGAUCUGCUUGGUUACGAUUUUUUUUUUAAUAUCUUGUUUUGGAAUAACUCUAGGGUGAGUACAUGUCCAUUUAAGGCAGAUUUUUACCCAAAAAGUAAAAUAUUAUUUUAGGAUAAAUAAUUAUUAGUAGUAUGUUUUUUUACUACAUAUCCAAAAGUAUAUACUUUACCAUCCACAGUAAAGAAUUUACAUUUGGCUUUUAAUUGAAAUAUGUGAUUGGUAUCCAGCAAAAUUUUUACUUUUGUCUUUUUAAUGCUUAGCUUUGUUUUGUUAAGGAAUCUACAGAUGUAAUGUGAAUUUAGAGCCUUGAAAUAAAUCACAGCAUGUCUAGUGUUGGAUUAUCACUGUGGCAUAUACUACAUUAACCCAAGGAUUGCACUCAAUUUCGUUGUACUUGUACAAUGACAAUAAAGUCAUUCAUUCAUUCCAU